AUGUCGUUCAGUCUGGAUGAAUGUAUCGAGAAACUCCUCACGAAACAACUGCUGGUCGAGGCCUUGAUCAAAGAAAUAUGCGAGAAAACAAAAGAGCUCUUGAUGAGGGAAAGCAAUGUCGUUCACAUCUCUGCACCUGUGACGGUCGUAGGUGACAUACAUGGACAGUUUUACGACUUGAUCGAAAUCUUUCGGAUCGGAGGAUUUUGUCCAGAUACUAAUUAUUUAUUCCUGGGUGACUACGUUGAUCGGGGACUCUUCAGUGUAGAAACGAUCUCACUAUUAACUUGCCUGAAGCUUCGAUAUCCGGACCGAGUUCAACUAAUCAGAGGGAAUCAUGAAUCGAGAGCCGUCACUCAAACGUAUGGUUUCUAUGCAGAAUGUGUCAGGAAAUACGGCAGCCCAAGCGUGUGGACUUACUUCACAGAUAUGUUUGAUUUCUUAACGCUGUCGGUGGUAAUUGAAGAUCGGAUAUUUUGUGUGCAUGGUGGUUUAUCGCCCUCCAUUCACUGCAUCGACCAAAUCAAAGUCAUUGAUCGGUUUCGAGAAAUUCCUCACGAGGGACCGAUGGCAGAUUUGGUCUGGUCGGAUCCCGAUCCAGAUAAGGAGGAUUUUGCUAUUUCACCCAGAGGUGCUGGGUAUACUUUUGGGGCACAAGUAGUGAAAAAGUUCCUAACAAUCAACGACAUGCACCACAUCCUACGAGCACACCAGCUAUGCAUGGAAGGCUUUUCGGUGCUGUAUGAUGACAGAUUAUCGACAGUCUGGAGCGCACCGAACUACUGUUAUCGAUGUGGGAACAUGGCCUCGAUCUUGGAAAUCGGGCCGGAUGGCCACAAACACUUUAAUGUCUUCGAUGCCGCACCUGAAAACGAGCGCGAUGGUCCCCAGCAGCAGAUGCAACUUCAACAACAACAGCAGCAGCUUCAGAUGCAGCAUCAACAGAAUAACGGAGGACAGGAUACCGCAAUGUCUAAUCCUUAUAUGCUACCUCAGGUGGAAUACUUUUUGUAA